AUGGCUCCCGCUGACGUGGUGGACGUGGACAUGGAAGAUCUGGAUCUGGCAGCUCGAGCGCCUCGAGCUGGAUUCGUGACCGCGUGCGCAGUGGAGUUGGAGCGUGUGGAGCUGCUGCAACAGGCGGAUGGCGUGCAACAAGCGCUGUUCGGGUUCGGCUGCCUGUUGUCUGGAGGUAUCUUGGCUGUCGUGGCGUCCUGGAAACCCAAGUGGAAGGUCAAGAUGCUGCGAAGUCCGGCGCAUGGGACGAUGGACGCGACCUCGGUGCUAGUGGCGCAUACGUUGACGUGGACGAUGAGUAAGCAGAAGAAGAAGACGAAAAGAUUUUACGAAGAGUGCGUGCUGUCCCAACCGGUGGAUAGUCCGCCGUGGUUCGAGUUCCGGAAGUGUCGCUACGUGGUCGAUGAGAGGGAGUCGCUGGGCUUCUCUAGACUGGAGAACGCUCUCGAUGAGAAGCUGGGGUCAGCUCAACGACGAUGUCUGGAAGGCAGUGGCUGGUCGACUUCGCAAGUGGAAGGACUGACUGGAGUGCAUGGAGCUAAUGAGAUGGCGCUGAAAGCUCAGACGUGGCCCGACGUGCUGUUGAGGAAGGUUGCGCACCCGUUCUACGUCUUCCAAGUCGUCAGUGGGCUGGUGUGGCUCUGUGAGGGAUACGAGGCCUACGCGACUGUCAUCUUGGUGCUCUCCGCGCUGUCGAUUGUAUGGGAAGUGCACGAACUGGUGACGAAUGACAAGAAGCUGCACGCGCGAUUGGCUCAUGCAGAACACAGCAUCGCCAACGGCGUACGCGUGAUCCGAGACGCGCGAGAGAAACGCGUGAGUCCUGCAGAUCUGGUGGCUGGAGACGUCGUGGUGAUAGAUGAAGGCGUCAUACCGGCGGAUAUCGCGCUGCUCUCAGGCCACUGCAUGGCGGAUGAAGCGACUCUCACCGGUGAAGCUAUCCCAGUGACCAAACAAGCACUCGCAGCGCCAGAUCUCUCGUUCCCUGUCGAUACGAAGCUCAAGACAACACACCGAGAGAGUGUGCUGUUCGCUGGCUCCACAGUGUUAGAGUUGGCGCACUCGAGCUCAACACAGGGACACAGAGAUGAAGCCAAGACUUCGACUCGUGGCGUGGUGUUAAGUGCGGGGUUUUCAACGUCCAAAGGCGAGCUCUUCCGCAGUAUCUUGUUCCCCACACCUCUGCAACUCACGAAGCGUCUGGAGAGUGACAGCUAUCGGUUCAUGGGGGCUUUAUCCACCCUGGCUUUCAUCUUAUUUGUGGUUCGUAUGAACAACGCUAUCCACGACCAAGGCGUGUCGUUCGGUCGAGCUUUCCUGUCGGCGUUCGACCUGGUCACGAUUGCCGUUCCUCCAGCUCUCCCCGUCGUGUUGACUGCAGGUGUUGGCUUCGCAUUGUCACGUCUGGAAAGUCAGGCCGACGUGACGUGUAUCGACGCCGCACGGAUGAACAUUGCAGGCCAUAUCGACUGCUUCUGCUUCGAUAAGACUGGAACUCUCUCCAGUGACCACUUGGACUUCCACGGGGUCGACGAGUGCUCAGCUUCGAACCAGAAACAACCGGCGUUCCAUGGACUCCAACGUGAAGUGGAAGUGCUCUCUCCUCCUGCUAUCAUUGGCUUAGCAACGUGUCACGGACUCACUGAACGGUCCGGUCAGAUCCAAGGGUAUGCGCUCGAGAAGGACAUGUUCCGUGCUACAGGCUACGCGCUGGAACCCGAGACGUCCGACAACACUGUGAUACCUGGACAGUUCGCCGCACUUGUGGCGUCUCCGAUCGGCAAACUCUUCGGUAUUGUGGCUCGCUUCCCGUUCGACGCAGCACGUCAACGAUCGUCUGUGGUAGUGGAAGAUCUGGACAGUGGCAACCGCUACGUGUACGUCAAAGGCUCGCCCGAGGCCAUACGCAAGAUUUGCACGCCGAACACGCUCCCCAGUAAUUACACAGCACGGGCACGUUCGUACGCGCAUCAGGGGCUCUACGUUGUGGCUUUAGCCACCAAGAGCUUCGCUCCUGCCGCUGUAUCUCCAAGGUCAGAGACGUCCGUGUCUCGAGACGCCGUGGAAAGCAGCGUAGGGUUCCUGGGCUUUAUGCUGUUCGUCAAUCAAGUGAAACCCGAAGCUCCGUACGUCGUUGGAGCAUUGGAAGAAGCUGGAGUGGAUGUGCGUAUAAUCACGGGAGACGACGCACUCACAGCGAUCCACGUCGCGCGUAAGAUCAACAUGGACAUGCAGUCGUCCGUGCUUCUUAUCGAUGCACAGCGACACGAAGGCGAUGAAGAGUUGGCUGUCGUCUACACGGACGUCGAUGAACUGGCUCAAAGCACUCGGGAAGGAACUUCUGGCAGCUCGGAAGGCACGUGGGCGCCGGUAGACAGACAUUCAUUCCUCUCUCUCGCCGAAGGUAGCUCCAUUGCAGUCACUGGAGCUGCGAUCGAGCAACUGCUGACCUCCAGUGAAGAAGAUAAACCCACUGACACCUCGCCAACGACGCCUCCAACGAUAUCUUACACAGAUUUUGCGGAAGAAUUGGUCGGUAGAACGAAAGUCUUUGCACGAGUGCGACCGCAUCAGAAGACGUGGAUUGUGGAGACGUUGAUGACGCGUCAUAGCGCGUGUGUGGCCAUGUGCGGCGACGGAGCUAAUGACUGUGGUGCGCUGAAAGCGGCUCACGUUGGGCUCGCUCUCUCUAAAGACGACGCUGCAUUAGUGGCGCCGUUCACGAGUCGUUCUCUACGUGUCAGUGACGCCGUGGAGCUGCUACGCGAAGGACGUGGCGCUCUCAGUGCAGCCUUCGUCGCCUUCAGAUACAUGGUCGUCUAUUCUGUCGUACAGGUGACGCUGUCUGCCACUAUGAACGGCCUACACUCGCAGAUGAGCGACUCGCAGUUCCUGUUCGACGACUUAGUGGUCGUCUUUAUCCUCUCGCUGUUGAUGGUACGCACCCCAGCAGCUCCUCAACUGGGCUCUUCCGCGGUCGCUCCGUUCAAUCGAAGACCGCCCAGGACGUUGUUUGCUGCGGAGAUCUUGCUGUCUCUCCUUGGACAACUGGUUAUUUUCCUGGGGUGCGUGUACAUCGCAUUGGCAGCAGCAGAAGCGCGACCGUGGUUCUGUUCAGCCGAGAAGGCGCUGGAGCUCACGCGAGCCGCGUCGGACGGAGGAGAGAGCGAUCCAGACGUCGUUCAAGUGCCAUGCUACGUGUUUGUACCUGGAGAACCGGCAGACCUCACGUCUCACUCGUACGAGAACAGCGUGCUGUGGCGCUUCGGACACCUCCAAUACUGGAUCGCUGCUGUGGCGCUCAACGUCCGCGACAAUUAUCGAGCUCCGCUGCUUCGUGCGAACCGCUCGUUCGUCGCCUACGCGUUCGUGCUGCUGAUCAUUCUGCUCGUACAGCUUCUGGGUGAUAAUGGCAACUUGGGAGACGAAGAGACGUCAACGUCGGCAGCCGUGGCGAAGGCCUUAAAGUCCCGUGGCGUGGACGUGAGCUUGGGAGCAUUGGAGCUCCCUGUGGGCUUUGCGUGGUCUCUCUUCUCUCUGUUCCUCUUUGACGCGGGCUGCGUCUUCUGCUGGGAGAUCUUGGUGGUCGGCAUGGUGCUGCCUCGCUUCCAAUUGCAACAUCCUGGUGGUAUCUACAGACGCAAGGGUAAGUUUGGCGGCUGGAGAUCUUACUUUGGGAUCGCUGGAGACGAUAAGCAAAGUCUCGUGUCGCCGUACGUUAAUGAACGUAAUGGUCUGCUAGGUGACAAAGCGGACAAGUUGGAAGGAGGAAAGCAAGUCAACAUCAACCGACAAUCGCUGCAGCCGAUCGGGACAAAAGGAAACGCUGAUGCAGUAGGCAGCGACGACGACGAAGAGCAAGACGUGCUGGAUCUCCAUCCGCCCGAGAUUGUCUGA